UAGUAGAAAGAAAAACUAGAGUAGGUUUUCUGAAUGUUUUAAGAUUAUAUCAGAAAGAAGAAAAAAAAUCUUGCAGAUUUCGAGUUUUCAAGAAUCAAGCACCACUGUUUAAUUAUCGCGAAACAAAGCCCAAUCAACGUCGUCUUUCUUAGCCAAGCGAAGCCACUCUUAGUCUUCACUGUACAACUUUUACAAUUAACCCUAAAUUUCAUUCGCCAUCAAAUUUCUUAGUGUUUACAUACCAAACAACCAAAAUUCAGCUGUUCGAGUCUCCAUAUUUUCUCGACACGCAUGUACGUAAGCACAGUGUAUGACUAAUUUUGUGUAAUUACAACCGAAAUUGCAAACAAAACAAAAAAAAUUCCUUAGCAAUGACCUUUAUACCUAAAGAAGCUAUUGAAGUCAUUGCUCAGAGUAUUGGAAUUACCAAUUUGUCUCCCGAUGUUGCCCUCGCUGUCGCUCCCGAUGUUGAGUAUCGCAUGCGCGAAAUUAUGCAGGAGGCGGUUAAAUGUAUGCGGCACGCACGUAGAACAGUUUUGAGAGCUGAGGAUGUUGAUCGUGCACUUAAGUUAAGAAAUGUGGAGGCAAUAAAUGGAUUUGGUUCGAGUGAUUCUUUGCGAUUCAAAAGGGCGGAUGGGCUUAAGGAUUUGUACUAUAUUGAUGACAAGGAUGUGGAUUUUAAGGAUGUGUUGGCAGCACCUUUACCAAAGGCACCUAUUGAAACAUCUGUUACUACUCACUGGCUAGCAAUUGAAGGUGUUCAGCUUGCUAUUCCAGAAAAUGCUCCAGUUGAAGCCCCUGCAGCAGUCUCUGAUGGCAAAAGGUCUGAUUACAGGGAAGAUGGGCUUUCUGCUGACAUUAAACUACCUGUUAAGCAUGUACUUUCUAGGGAGCUUCAGUUUUACUUUGACAAAAUAAAACAGCUUACAGUGAAUAGAUCUAACUCUAUCCUCUUUAGACAAUCAUUAACAAGCCUGGCAACAAGCUCAGGAAUACAGCCGUUGGUUCCUUUUUUUACAUACUUCAUUGCUGAUGAGGUUACACGAAGUUUGACUAAUUUUCCUCUCUUGUUUGCUUUGAUGCGUGUUGCCCGAAGCCUUCUCCAAAAUCCACAUUUGCAUAUAGAACUUUAUCUACACCAAAUGAUUCCAUCCAUUAUGACCUGCCUUGUUUCAAAAAGAUUGGGUAAUAGAUUUUCCGACAAUCACUGGGAUCUUAGAAACUUUGCAGCGAACCUGAUUGCUUCGAUAUGUAAAAGAUUUGGGCAUUCUUAUCACAACCUCCAGUCACGUGUGACAAGGACUCUGCUGCAUGCUUUCUUGGACCCAACAAAAUCAUUGCCUCAACAUUAUGGUGCAAUCCAAGGGCUAGCAGCCCUUGGAACCAGUGUGGUUCGUCUUCUUAUCCUACCAAAUCUUGAGCCGUACCUGCAGCUCCUUGAACCAGAAAUGCGUUUUGAGGAACAAAAGAACAAGAUGAAGAGGACCGAAGCUUGGCGUGUCUAUGGGGCCUUGCAGCAUGCAGCUGGUCUAUGUGUGUAUGAUCGGCUAAAAAAAUUCCCCCGUUUGUUGACUCUUCCAACUCGUUCUUGCUUGAAGAGGAAUGGCAGAGUCGGAACCAGUUUGCAGCCAAAUAAACGCAAAGCAAGCAUGGACAACUCAAUGCACCAACCACCACUCAAGAAAAUGGCAACAGGUGGCGCUAUGGGUUUGAUGCCAGUGAAUUCUAUGUCCGUUGACAUGCAUGGACCAACAGGUGGAUUUCCCAACAUCGUGGGAAGUUCGAUGUUUGGAAGUUCGAGUGUUGGUAUAUCAACAAUGCCCCGGCAGUUACCAAAGGAAAACACAUUAGGAAGGGAGAUGGGUGGUCGCACAUCGAAGACUUCAACUGUUCUAGCUCAGGCUUGGAGGGAGGACAUGGAUGGAGGGCAAUUACUGGCAUCACUAUUUGAACUUUACGGUGAAAGCAUGUUCCGAUUUACUCCCAAAUCUGAGUUGCUGCUAUUCUUGUGAUUUUUAAACAAUAGGACUUGAUGUUUAAACAGUAAUUUUGUAAAUCAUCUGUUAGAUUAUUAAAACUGUAGCUAAUAGAUUAUAGAUUCUUGUAAGCUAUUAAGUGAGGUAUGAAUU